AUCCUCAGCAGGUCUGCAGGGGUCUGACAAGUUCUGAUCCCGGUUCCCGGAGGUUCUGGUUGUGGAUCAUGUUGCAGCUGCGGCUCGCGGUGCUGCUCGCUCUGCAGGUACUCACCUGCAGUCAGGAGGGCGGAGACUCGCUGGGCGGGGCCCCGGAUGACCUCAGCCUCCCAGAGUUUAGGGAUGUUUGCACCGAAGGCAGCUGUUACCCAGCGACAGGGGAUCUUCUGAUUGGCCGAGCUCACCAGCUGAUGUCCACCUCUACCUGUGGACUGAAGCGUCCAGAACCGUUCUGCAUUGUCAGCCACCUGCAGGAGGAGAAGAAGUGCUUUGUGUGUGACUCAGCAGCACCAUAUGACGAUGAGCUGGCCAAUCACAACCACAGCCACCGAAUUGAAAACGUCGUCACCACAUUUGGUCCCAACAGGCUGAAGACCUGGUGGCAGUCCGAGAACGGUCUGGAGAACGUCACCGUCCAGCUGAACCUCGAAGCCGAGUUUCACUUCACUCAUCUCAUUAUGACCUUCAGGACGUUUCGACCAGCUGCCAUGGUCAUUGAGCGAUCAGCAGACUAUGGAAAAACCUGGCAGGUUUAUCGCUACUUUGCCUACGAUUGCGAGUCAUCCUUUCCUUCAGUUUCCCAUGGUCCGAUGCGGAAGGUUGAUGAUGUCAUCUGCGACUCUCGUUACUCGGAUAUCGAGCCAUCCACUGAAGGCGAGGUGAUUUACAGAGUCCUGGACCCAGCAUUUCGUAUCGAAGACCCUUACAGUCCACGGAUCCAGAACUUGUUGAAGAUCACCAACCUGCGGGUCAAGUUCACCAAGCUGCACACACUCGGAGACAACCUGCUGGACUCUCGGAUGGAGAUCAAGGAGAAGUAUUACUAUGCCAUCUAUGACAUGGUGGUCAGAGGAAACUGCUUCUGUUAUGGACAUGCGUCUCAAUGCGCCCCUGUCGAGGGAGCAGGCCAGACCAUGGAGGGCAUGGUUCAUGGUCACUGUAUGUGCAACCACAACACUAAAGGACUGAACUGUGAACAGUGCGAAGAAUUUUACCACGACCUGCCCUGGAGACCAGCCGAGGGGCGCAACACCAAUGCCUGCAAAAAGUGUAACUGUAACCAACACUCGGACUCAUGCCACUUCGACAUGGCCGUGUUCAUGGCCUCUGGAAACGUCAGCGGAGGGGUUUGCGACGACUGUCGGCACAACACGACCGGACACAACUGUGAGCAGUGCAAACCGUUUUACUAUCAACAUCCGGAGAAGGACCUCAGAGACCCAAACAUCUGCCAGCCCUGUAACUGCGACCCCGUGGGCUCCCUGAACGGAGGAAUAUGCGACGGGCUGACGGACGUCCGAGUCGGUCUGAUCGCUGGUCAGUGCCGGUGUAAAGUCAACGUGGAGGGGGAACGCUGCGAACACUGCAAACCAGCAUACUACGGGCUGAGCGAUGAACCUGAAGGCUGCAAAGCGUGUACCUGCAGUCCCCUGGGAACAGCUCCUGGAGGAAACCCGUGUGACAGCGAAACAGGAAGCUGUUUCUGCAAACGCCUGGUGACCGGGCGCGACUGCGACCAGUGUGUGGACGAACACUGGGGACUCAGUAACGACAUGGACGGCUGCAGACCAUGCGACUGCGAUCUGGGAGGGGCCGUCCACAACCGGUGCGACCAGGUGAGCGGUCAGUGUGUCUGCAGGGAUCACAUGUUCGGCCGUCGCUGCGAUCAAGUGGAGUCCGGGUUCUACUUUGUUGCUCUGGAUCACUACACCUACGAGGCUGAAGAUGCCAAGUUUGGACCUGGAGUGACGAUGGUGCCCAGACCCCACCCUCAUGACCGCAGUCCCACCUGGACAGGCGUUGGCCUGGUCAAUGUCCCUGAAGCUUUCCUGGAUUUCUCUGUGGACAACAUCCCUCAUUCCAUGGAGUAUGACAUUCUUAUCCGCUAUGAGCCUCAGCUGCCUGACCAAUGGGAGGAGGUUCUGAUGACGGUAAUGAGGCCUGGACCAAUUACAGCUGACAGCCGCUGCGUCAACACGGUGCCGGACGACGACAACCAAAUGAUCUCCCUUCAUCCCAGCUCCCGGUAUGUGGUUCUGCCGAGGGCGGUUUGUUUUGAAUCUGGGUUGAACUACACGAUCCGCCUCAGUCUCCCGCUCUACUCGGCCCUCAGUGAAGUCCAUUCUCCAUACACGCUCAUCGACUCGAUCGUGUUGAUGCCGCACUGUAAGAACCUGGAAAUAUUCACCUCCUCUGUGGGAGGGGACUCGAGUGCCUGGGAAACGUUUCAGCGUUAUCGAUGUCUGGAGAACAGCCAGAGUGUCAUUAAAACCCCGAUGACUGACAUCUGCAGGAACUUCAUCUUCAGCAUCUCUGCCCUGUUGCACCAGGGAGCUAAAGAAUGCCAGUGUGACCCCCAGGGCUCCCUCAGCACCGUGUGUGACCCCAGCGGGGGCCAGUGUCAGUGUCGACCCAACGUGGCCGGCAGGAACUGUGACAGAUGCUCUCCGGCCACGUUUCAGUUUGGACCGAGCGGCUGCAAAGAGUGUGCAUGCGACCCUCAGGGCUCCCAGAGUCCGAUCUGCGAUCAGCUGAGCGGUCAGUGCGUCUGCGUCGCCGGCGCCUACGGUCGGCAGUGCGACCGCUGCCUGCCGGGUCACUGGGGCUUCCCGACCUGCCGACCCUGCUCCUGCAACGGACACGCGGAGAGCUGCGACGCCGCCACCGGCCGCUGCACCACCUGCAGGGAUCACACCACCGGGCACAGCUGCGACAGGUGUCUGGAUGGUUACUACGGCGACCCGGUUCUGGGCUCAGGUGACCACUGUCGCCCGUGUUUGUGUCCCGACGGCCCAAACAGUUUGCGGCAGUUUGCGGGGAGUUGUUACCGUAGCGACACCUCGGAGCAGGUUGUGUGUGUUUGCAACCCAGGAUUCAAAGGUGCUCGCUGUGAUCAGUGUUCACCUGGCUACUAUGGAAACCCCGACGAGGCGGGUGGCCAGUGUCUCCCGUGCCAGUGCCACAGCAACAUCGACAUGCUGGACCCGGAGUCCUGUGACGCCAGAACCGGCGAGUGCCUGCGCUGUCUGCACCACAGCGAGGGUCCGUCCUGCCAGAACUGCAAACUGGGUUACUACGGCAACGCCUUGGUUCAGGACUGCAGGAAGUGUGUCUGUAAUCAGCUGGGCAGCGACGAGUCCAGCUGCCAGUCCUCCACCGACUGCCACUGCGACCGCAGCAGCGGCCAGUGCCACUGCAGACCCAACGUGAUUGGUCAACACUGUGACCGCUGUGCGCCCGACACCUGGAACAUGGCGGGCGGCGCCGGCUGUCAGAGCUGCGACUGCAACACCGAGCAUUCGUACGGGACCACCUGUAACGAGAUCAGCGGUCAGUGCUCCUGCCAUCCUGGUUUUGGAGGAAGAACGUGUAACGAGUGCCGAGAGCUGUUCUGGGGAGACCCUGAAGUCCAGUGUCAUGCAUGCGACUGUGACCCUCGCGGCACCUUGGAGCCGCAGUGCAACAAAGUGAGCGGCCACUGCGUCUGCGUGGAGGGCGUGGCCGGGCCUCGCUGCGACGUCUGCGCCCGCGGCUUCCACGGGACCUUCCCAGACUGCCAUCGGUGCCACCAGUGUUUCUCAGAGUGGGACGGCAUCAUCGGUCAGCUGACCAAUCAGACACACCGACUGGUCAACAAGGUCAACUCCAUUAAAGCCAGUGGACUCAGCGGACCGUACAGGAAGUCUAUAGAGAGCAUGGAGAGAAGUGCUGCAGACAUUCAGAGCAUCUUGGACCAAGAUCCGGCCUCGCAGCCUCUGACUGAGGUCCAGAACCUGCUGCAACAGGCCAGCGACCUGAUGGCAGCUUUGAGCCAGACCAUGAACAACACCCAGGAGACUCUGGAUCUAGUGGCUGAGCAGGACUCUGGCAUUAAAACCCAACUGGACUCUGUAACGUCGGAUGCUCAGAAACUGGAGCGAACGGUACAGGAGCUGAUGGACCAAGUGGAGUUCAUCAAGAACUCUGACAUCAGAGGAGCAACAGACAGCGUCACCAAGUACUUCCUGCAGUCUCAAGCAGCCGAGGCGCGAGCAAAUGCCUCAACCAUCAGCGCCGGCAGCCCAGUUGAAUCUUCUGCUGCCCUACGGCAGCUCACAGAAGACAAAAUGAACCAAACCAGGGAGGAGUUUCUGGAGAGACAGUCUGAGCAUGCUCAGAAGCUGGACAACCUGGCUGGAGAGAUGGAGACUUUGGACCUAUCAGUAAUCAGCUAUAAGACGUGUGGCAGUCCAUCUUCUGGCCAAGACUCCUGCUGGUCUUCGCCCUGCGGAGGACUGGGCUGUGUGGACCCUGAAGGUCAGCCCAAAUGCGGAGGAGAAGGAUGUGAUGGUGCGGUGACGGCAGCCAACAGCAUCCUGCUGAAGACUCAGGAGGCCGAGCAGGAAAUCAUCAGUGCCAUGGCAGAGGUGGAGAAGCUCUCCAACAUGGUGUUGGAGGUGAAACUGCAGGCAGACGAGGCGAAGCUCAGCGCCCAGAAUGUCCUGAUGAAGACCAACAGAACCAAGCGCAAGGUUGACCAGAGCAACGAGGAGCUGCGAAGCUUGAUCAGACAGAUCAAAGACUUCCUCACACAGGACGCUGCAGACCUGGAGAGCAUCGAACUGGUGGCAAAUGAAGUUCUGGCCAUGCAGAUGCCGACCACACCGGCUCAGCUACAGAACCUAACGGAUGAGAUCCGACAGAAGGUGGGAGAGCUGGGAAACGUGGAGGCAAUCUUACAGCAGAGCGCCGACGACAUUCAGAGGGCAGAGAGUCUGCUGGACCAGGCCCGCCAAGCCAGUAAGCAGGCGACGGAUACAAAGGACUCUGUAGAGAAAGUGAAAGAAGCUCUGGAAGAAGCUCAGAGAGCUCACACAGCUGCCAGCAGCGCCAUCCAGCAGGCCGCCUCCGACAUCCAGACCACCACCAAGCUGCUCUCCUCCGUAGAGACGGAGACGGCAGAUGCAGAGUCGAAGCUGGACAACGCCACCCAGAGGCUGCAGAGGCUCGAGCAGGACGUGAAGCUGCUCGCCGAUAGAUCCGCAAACGUCACUCAGAGAACCGAACUGGCCAAUCAGGAAGCCGCAGACAUCGGAAGGAUCGCGGAGGAGGUCAAAAAGGAGUUUGAGUCGGAGGUGAAGCAGAAGUACAGCACAGUAGAACAGCUGAUAGAUCAGAAAGCGGGGGGUGUGGCCGACGCUAAGAAGAGGGCAGAGUCACUGCAGAACCAGGCCAAACAGCUGCUGCUGCAAGCCAGCGACAAGCUGCAGCUACUGAAAGAUCUGGAAAAGUCGUACGAUGACAAUCAGCGAACUCUUGAGUCGAAAGCUGAACAGCUGGUUGAAAUGGAGGCAGCAGUGAAGAAGCUGCUGCAGGAAAUCAGCCAUAAGGUCACUCUUUACAGCACCUGCUUGUUUUAGAUUAAUCACAUCAUCAUCAUCAUCCUGAGGCCAGUUACAAAAGCAUAUCCACCUUUUUGUCACUUCAAAUCUUUUUUAUUUGGCUCUGAUUUUUUUUGGGGGGGGGGAGCCAAUGACUAGAAAGUUGCUGUGCUAAUCCACGUUUAAGUACAAUUACUGAUUUAUCCAGAAAAGACCAAAGAGUUUUUUAUUAAAAAAAAAAAUUGUUGUUUACUAUUGUAUAUUUGAUCUUUUAGUUCAUUUCAUUUCAAGAUUGUUCUCAAACAUAUUGGCUUUCAUAUGAAUAUUUUUCUAAAGCCAUUUCCUACAAAUUUUAGUCGACUGAUUUUAUUAACUUUGACUGAAUUGAAUCCGUGGAAGAGAGAAUAACUUCUCGAAACGUGAAUGUUUUAACCAUCUGACUGCAACCUGUUCUGUUACAGUUGUUCUGUUUUACCAAAUUAUAUCUUUAAAACCCAAAAUAAUUUGAAUAAAAUGUUUUAAAUAAGUAAAAA